GAGUCAAUACUGGUACUGGAGGUAAAAAACAGACGAGUCAAAAUUGGUACUGGAGGUAAAAACAGACGAGUCAGCCUGUUAUUGCAGAGCGUUGCAGUGGAUUGGCCUGUUAUAGUGUAGUGUUACCAGACUCGUCAACUGUGAGACAUUUCUUAUUUUCCCCCUGUUUGUGGAUAAUGGGAUUUUAACCAUGUGGCAGAUAGCUGAUCAGCUUCCCUGGAUUUCGCUGACGACAUCGCUUUGUUGCGUGUGAAGAUGGAAACACUGGAGUCGGAGUUGACCUGCCCAAUCUGUCUGGAGCUCUUCGAGGACCCCUUGCUCUUGCCCUGCGCUCACAGCCUGUGUUUCAACUGUGCCCACCGCAUCCUGAUCUCCCACUGCAGCCCCAACGAGCCUGUGCAGUCCAUCAGCGCCUUCCAGUGCCCAACCUGUCGCUAUGCCAUCACCCUCAACCAGAGGGGCCUAGAGGGACUGAAGCGUAACGUCACUUUGCAGAACAUCAUCGACCGCUUCCAGAAGGCUUCCGUGAGCGGGCCCAACUCCCCCAGCGAGACUCGCCGUGAGCGGGUCGCCCCGAACGGCACGGCCAUGACCUCCCCCAGCGAGAGGGUGCAGUGUCAGUUCUGUGAGCAAGACCCUCCCCAGGAUGCCAUCAAGACCUGUGUCACCUGUGAGGUGUCCUACUGCGACGAAUGCUUGAAGGCCACCCACCCCAAUAAGAAGCCCUUCACCAGCCACCGUCUGAUCGAGCCCAUGCCGGACUGCCACAUCAGGGGACUCAUGUGUCUGGAGCACGAGGACGAGAAGGUGAACAUGUACUGUGUCACAGAUGAACAGUUGAUCUGUGCCUUGUGCAAACUGGUCGGUCGGCAUCGGGACCACCAAGUUGCCGCCCUCAGCGACCGCUAUGAGAAACUCAAGCAAACCUUGGACUCCAACCUCAGCAAUCUGAUUAAGAGGAACAACGAGUUGGAAACUCUGAUGGGCAAGUUGAUCCAGAUCUGCCAACAUGUGGAGGGGAAUGCAUCCAGACAAGAGAACAAGCUCCUGGAAGAGUGUGACCUCCUGAUGGACGUGGUACAGCAGAGAAGACAGAUCAUAGCCACCAAGAUAAACGAGGGCAAGGCUAUCCGUCUGCGAAAGCUAGCCCAGCAGAUCGCCACCUGCAAGCAGAUCAUCGAGAGAUCGUCAUCCCUCAUCACUCAGGCAGAUCACACCCUGAGGGAGGGAGACCACGCCCGCUUCCUGCAGACAGCCAAAAGCAUCUGCGAGAGAGUGUCCAUGGCGACAGCAUCCUCUCAGAUCCUGAUACCAGAGAUCAACCUGAAUGACACCUUUGAUACGUUUGCGUUGGACUUUACAAGGGAAAAGAAAAUGCUGGAAGGCUUGGAUUACCUCACAGCACCAAAUCCCCCAAUAAUCCGGGAGGAAUUAUGUACGGCAUCGUACGACACCAUCACUGCUCACUGGACAUCAGAUGACGAGUUCUGUGUGGUCUCCUAUGAGCUGCAGUAUGCCAUCUUCACUGGACAAGCCAAUGUCGUCAGUUUGUGUAACUCAGCUGACAGUUGGAUGAUUGUGCCCAACAUCAAGCAGAACCACUACACAGUGCAUGGACUCCAGUGUGGCACCAAGUACAUCUUUAUGGUCAAAGCUAUCAACCAGGCAGGGAGUCGCAGCAGUGUACCUGGGAAGCUCAAGACCAACAGUCAGCCGUUCAAGUUGGACCCAAAGUCUGCUCACAAGAAGCUGAAGGUCUCCCACGACAACCUGACGGUGGAGCGAGACGAGACGUCGUCCAAGAAGAGCCACAAUCAGGACCGCUUCACCAGCCAGGGCAGCUACGGCGUCACUGGGAAUGUGUACAUCGACAGCGGGCGCCACUACUGGGAGGCCUUGAUAGGAGGGAGCACAUGGUUUGCUGUGGGCGUUGCUUACAAGUCAGCACCGAAACACGAGUGGAUCGGCAAGAACUCGGCCUCGUGGGUAUUAUCUCGAUGCAACAACUCCUGGGUAGUACGUCACAACAGCAAGGAGAUGCCCAUCGAGCCGUCCCCCCACCUGCGUCGCGUGGGGGUGUUGUUGGACUACGACGCCGGUUCCCUGGCCUUCUACGAUGGCGCCGGCUCACAGCACCUGUACACGUUCGACAUCACCUUCGCUCAGCCAGUGUGUCCCGUGUUCAACGUGUGGAACAAGUGUCUGACUGUUCUCACGGGGCUGCCCAUCCCAGACCACCUCGAGGGGACAGACUGCCAGGAUUAACAGACCAGCUAAUGCAACACAAAGGGAGCAGAACAGACCCACUUCAGCCUCACCUGGCUGCCUUUGUGUCACACCAUCCAUGCUGUAUAAAGCAGAACAAAGCCAUGGUGCCAGAUCAGUCUCCAAUCAUUCUCUUAUAGAAGCAAAUACAUUGUUUUUUAAAAAUUAUUUAUGGAAACCAUUUAUUGGGUUAAAAAAAUAUUGUAGAUUUUAUUUCUUGCUUUAACACAUUAAUAUUCACUGCUAUAUUUAUGCUUGUUGGUUUUGGGAUGCGCUUAGAGAGGAAGGUUUUGAGAUGCGCUUAGAGAGGAAGGUUUUGAGAUGCGCUUAGAGAGGAAGGUUUUGGGAUGCGCUUAGAGAGGAAGGUUUUGGGAUGCGCUUAGAGAGGAAGGUUUUGGGAUGCGCUUAGAGAGGAAGGUUUUGAGAUGCGCUUAGAGAGGAAGGUUUUGAGAUGCGCUUAGAGAGGAAGGUUUUGAGAUGCGCUUAGAGAGGAAGGUUUUGGGAUGCGCUUAGAGAGGAAGGUUUUGGGAUGCGCUUAGAGAGGAAGGUUUUGGGAUGCGCUUAGAGAGGAAGGUUUUGAGAUGCGCUUAGAGAGGAAGGUUUUGAGAUGCGCUUAGAGAGGAAGGUUUUGAGAUGCGCUUAGAGAGGAAGGUUUUGAGAUGCGCUUAGAGAGGAAGGUUUUGAGAUGCGCUUAGAGAGGAAGGUUUUGAGAUGCGCUUAGAGAGGAAGGUUUUGAGAUGCGCUUAGAGAGGAAGGUUUUGGGAUGCGCUUAGAGAGGAAGGUUUUGGGAUGCGCUUAGAGAGGAAGGUUUUGAGAUGCGCUUAGAGAGGAAGGUUUUGGGAUGCGCUUAGAGAGGAAGGUGGGUAUAACGUUUUCAAAUUCAGUGAAACUUACUGUAUUUUUAAGCAGGCAGCGGUUAGAGCGUUGGGCCAGUAAGCAAAAGGUUGCUAGUUCGAAUCCCUGAGCUGACAAGGCAAUACGUCUUUCUGUUGUUCUGCCCCUGAACAAGGCAGUUAAUCCGCUGUUCCCCGGGCAGGCCGUCAUUGCCGAGUUAAAUAAAACAAAAUGAAAAGCCCUGAGAUGAGUUUAUUUCAUACAGUAUUACACAUACAGUAGAUUGUUGACCUUUGUCCAUGUAUCAGUCGUUAGCAGCAUGUUGCUAAAUGUUUUACGUGUAACCCUGUUUAUCUCGACAUGUCAUCAUGACAUCAGUUCCUCUGAUCACAGAGCAGUUAUAACAGGACUAUUCAUCUACAAUCUUCUGUUUCAUACAAUAUCCUCUCCAUGAUGUUUCUUAUGUAUUAGGAUGAUGUUUGUGAAAAUAAACAUGUUAAGAGUUCAUUUUAAUAGUUAAUCUGCCUCUUUUACAAUGCUAAAAUCACAGCACUUCUAAUGCACUGACAACUUGACUAUUAAUUGACAAACUCACAAAGACACAAUUCUUCAUCUCUUUGUCAAAAAAAGAAGCACUGCGAUGUUAAAAACGUUGAUUCAUGUUGAAAAUGUAUACUUCUAAAGAAAAGCCAUUUGAAGUGACAUUCCAAUACAGAAAUAAUGUCUUAAUUGUAAUUAGAAACAACAUGUGCAAUCUCUGUAAAUACAUUACUGUUUUCUUCUCACCUAUUGGCUCGGUAUGUUCACAUGCCGGUACAUUUGGUAUUUGAGCCAUUUGACUUUUUCCGAUGCACCAUUAUUUUCACACAUUCCUUGUUGAAAAUGUAAUAAAAUUACAUAAAUAAAGUGUGAAUUGUAAUGAUAA